CCCAAGCUUCCCGACCAGCCCCGAGUCGUCGAAAAUGCGCGUGUUCCGCUUCGCUAUCGAUCGUGGCGGCACAUUCACCGAUGUGUACGCCGAGAUGGACGUGUUGGACGCCCAGGGGAGCGUCGUGGACGUCGUACCCAAAGUCAUUAAGCUGCUGUCGGAAGAUCCGGCCAACUACCCGGACGCGCCUCGAGAGGGAAUCCGUCGCGUGUUGGAGCUCAUGACGGGCGUCCCGCACCCUCGCGAUCAGCCUGUAGACACGUCCAAGAUCCAGAGUAUCCGCAUGGGCACAACUGUAGCCACCAACGCGCUGCUAGAGCGCAACGGAGAGCGCACCGUGCUCGUCACCACGAAAGGCUUCCACGAUCUGCUGUACAUCGGCAACCAGUCCCGUCCCAAGAUCUUCGAUCUGGAGAUCCACAUGCCCGACACUCUGUACGACUCGGUAAUUGAAGUGGACGAGCGUCUGCAGCUCAUAAACAACGAUAAAGACCGCGUUGCAACCGACGAGAAGGGAAUUAGUGGCGAUUACAUCCGCGUGAUUAAAGAUCUGGACGUCGAGGACCUCACGAAGCAGCUCCAAGCGGCACGUGACGAUGGCGUGGAGAGUGUAGCCAUUGUGUUACUACACUCAUACACUUUUCCUCGCCACGAAGAGAAGGUCCGUGACAUCGCCACCAAGCUGGGCUUCACCCAAGUGUCGCUGUCGUCCGAGGUCAUGCCCAUGGUGAAGGCUGUUCCGCGUGGCUUCACCACGUGCGCAGACGCUUAUCUGACGCCUGUGAUCAAGAAAUACGUGGCUUCAUUCUGUGCUGGCUUUGGCGAGGGAUUGGACCAGGUGAACAUCAGUUUUAUGCAGAGUGAUGGUGGCUUGGCACGGAUGAAGCACUUCCACGGCCAUCGCGCCAUCCUGUCGGGUCCUGCUGGUGGUGUGGUGGGCUAUGCUCGUACCACACGCCCCCCUGAGGCGUCUGCUGUCCAACCUGCAGUUAUCGGCUUCGAUAUGGGCGGAACUUCGACCGAUGUGUCUCGUUUUGACGGUAAAUUCGAGCACGUCCUGGAAAGUGUGACAGCGAAUGUUACCGUGCGUGCACCGCAACUGGAUAUCCAGACGGUGGCAGCUGGAGGCGGCUCACGACUGUUCUACAAGAACGGACUGUUCCUGGUUGGCCCUGAGUCCGUUCGAGCUCAUCCGGGACCUGUGUGUUACCGUAAGAAUGGCUACCUGAGUGUCACGGAUGCUAACCUGGUUACAGGACGUAUCCUGCCGGAUUUCUUCCCCAAGAUCUUCGGUCCGAACGAAGACGAGCCGUUGGAUGUGGCUGGAUCCAAGAAAGCGUUUGAGGAGCUGACGAACGAGAUCAACGCUUCAUCUGGAGCUAACGGCGCGCAGUAUACGCUUGAAGAAGUGGCCUCGGGCUUCCUGCGUGUAGCCAACGAGGCCAUGUGUCGUCCUAUCCGUAACCUGACGCAGAAUAAGGGCUACGACAUCAGUACGCACAUCUUGGCAUGCUUUGGAGGUGCGGGCCCGCAACACGCUUGCUCGAUCGCUAAGGCGUUGGGGAUGUCGAAGGUGUAUAUCCAUCGGUAUAGUGGCAUUCUCUCGGCGUACGGCUUGAGUGUGGCAGACAGCGUGGUGGACAAGCAGCUGCCUUCUUCAGCGGAAUACAACGCUGAUAGUAAGCAGGCGUUGGUUGCGAGUCUGACGAAGAUCGCGGACGAAGCCUUGGACGAGUUAAUCGGUGACGGAUUCCAGUCUGAAGACGUGCAGGUGCAGUACUUUUUGAACAUGCGUUACGAUGGCACAGACAAUGCCGUGAUGACUCGCGGUCCUGUGGGUGCGAAAGGUGAGUCCCCUGCCACGAGCGCUGAUGCGCUCGCAGCCUUCGAUUUCGACGCCAGCUUCGUCAAAAAGUAUCAGCGCGAGUUCGGCUUUGUGCUGCAGAACCGAGCCAUUCUCAUCGACGACGUCCGUGUGCGUGCGACGGUGUCUCCUGACUUGAAAGACCCCGUGUUAAAGACUACGACCAGCGAUAUUGUUGAGCCGUGCAAGCCUCACUCGACGACCCCGUUCUACUUUGAGAAGGAUAAAGCGUGGAAAGAGAUCCCUGUGUAUCUCCAUGAAGAACUUUUGGAACGACGAGGAGCCAAGUACAAAGGACCAGCGAUCAUCAUGCAGGGCACCGCGACGGUGGUAGUGGAGCCUGAGUGGGAAGUACAGAUCAUGUCUAGCGGCGAUCUGUACUUGGUCUCUACGACGGAGGCUACAGGACCGGAGAACCAGCCUGUUGUUCGCUCUGAAGAUGUCCCGCUCGACCCUAUUCAGCUGUCGGUGUUCUCGCAUCGGUUCAUGGGUAUUGCCGAGCAAAUGGGUCGUACAUUGGCCCGUACGUCGGUGUCUGUGAACAUCAAGGAGCGUCUGGACUUCUCGUGCGCUUUGUUUGGUCCUGACGGCGGCCUUGUCGCCAACGCACCGCAUCUUCCUGUCCACUUGGGUGCCAUGCAGCAAGCUGUGCGUCAUCAGUUGAAAUACUGGGGCGACGAUCUUCAUGAUGGAGACGUCCUCGUGUCGAACCACCCUCAACUUGCUGGAGGCUCGCAUCUACCGGAUAUUACCGUCAUAACACCAGUAUUUGACCGAUCAAGCGGUAAGAUCGAGUUCUUCGUGGCCAGUCGAGGACAUCACGCUGAUAUCGGCGGCAUCUCGCCCGGUUCCAUGCCUCCUCUGUCCAAGACGCUGUCUGAAGAAGGCGCUGCUAUCGUGGCGUUCAAGCUGGUGGACGGGAAGGUGGGCGAGUUCCGGGAGAAGGAGAUCACCGACAUCCUCUUACAAAAAGACCGUGUGGACGACCAAGGACGCCCGUGUAUCGGCACGCGUAACUUGCGUGAUAAUCUCUCCGAUCUUCGCGCUCAAGUGGCUGCUAAUCAACGUGGAGUAGUGCUGAUGCACGAGCUCUGUGUCGAGUAUUCUCUGCCUGUCGUGACGGCCUACAUGGACUACAUCCAACAAGCAGCGGAGAUCGCAGUACGCAACAUGUUGCACGAGUUUUCGCUGCAGAAAAAACUUCCCGAAGUUGGCGUCGUGCAUGCCGAAGACUUCAUGGACGACGGCACGAGGAUCUCGCUGCAGAUCUCGAUCGACCGUCGCUCCAACUCUGCAAUUUUCGACUUCGCCGGCACGGGACCGGAAGUGUUCGGCAACGUCAACACGCCGCCAGCCGUGACGUACUCCGCCAUCAUCUACUGUCUGCGUUGCUUGUUACCAGGCGAAGACUUGCCGUUGAAUCAAGGCUGUCUGACGCCUAUUGAGGUGCGUUUCCCGAAGGAGGGGAGUAUUCUGAACCCCAGUGACAAUGCGGCUGUGGUGGGCGGCAACGUGUUGACCAGUCAACGUAUCACCGACGUGAUCCUCAAGGCGUUUGGAGCCUGUGCUGCGUCUCAAGGCUGUAUGAACAACCUCACGUUCGGUAGUGCGACGUUGGGCGGAUACUACGAGACGAUCGCCGGUGGCGCCGGUGCCGGUCCGUCCUGGAACGGCCGUAGCGGCAUCCACACGCACAUGACCAACACGCGAAUCACGGACCCGGAGAUCUUGGAGAAGCGCUUCCCUGUGUUGCUACGUGCCUUCCAUCUGCGUGAAGGAUCCGGUGGCGCUGGGAAGGAAUGA